AUGUUUAUUUGUCUCGCAGAACCCAUUGCUGCGACUGUCAUCUAUCCUUUUAUCAUAGACCUCGUAAACUCACUUGGGGUUACUGGUGGAGACGAUAGCAAGGUUGGCUACUAUGCUGGAAUGAUUGAAUCAAUCUUCUUUCUUACCGAGACAUGCCUCAUCUUCCACUAUGGCCGUCUCUCGGAUCGAGUUGGGCGUAGGCCAGUUGUGUUGCUUGGGCUAUUUGGACUAGCAUUCAGCAUCGUCUCAUUUGGACUCUCCCGGACCUUCAUAGGCUUGGUUAUCUCUCGUGCGCUGAGCGGGGCUCUCAACGGAAAUGCAGGAGUAAUCAAAUCAAUCGUCGCGGAACUCACGGACUCCACCAACCAAGCUCAAGGUUUUGCCUUGUUGUCGGUCACAUGGUACCUUGGAUCCACCCUGGGCCCACUAAUCGGCGGUUCCUUGUCCAAGCCCGCAGAGAGGUUCCCCGGUGUAUUUGGCUCUAGGAACCACGUGUGGACCAAACUUGGAAUCAAAGGGUUCUGGUCCGACUAUCCUUAUUUUUUGCCUUGCUUCGUGGCGGCUGGCGUUGCCGCCUGUGCCUGGUGUGUUGCCCUCUUAUUUUUGCGUGAGACCCUCCCAGCCAAGCGUAUACACCUUGUCCGCAAAGCUACCUCUGAGUAUGGAACUAUCACAUGGGACACCGAGCGCGCUCCACCGGAAGAUCCGUGCCCGGUCGACGGUCUGAAGGCUGUGAUGACUCCUCGGGUCGCAUGGGCCAUCAGUAAUUUUAUGCUACUUGCGCUGGCCGAUGUCGCUUGGGUUGUCCUUCAGCCCCUAGUUUUUGCUACCCAUCGGGCUUAUUGGUGGAACCCUUCAGGCACCAUGUUCCAGAAGAUUUAUGCUCGAUUUGGAGCUAUCAACGUCUACAGAGCCGCACUGGCUUCUUAUGCAUUCAUGUUUAUCAGCUUCACCUGGAUGGUUCGGUUGGGUCUCGACGAGAGCUCGAUGGGAUGGCUUGUGUUGGGUGCGCAUGUGGCCGUCAGCUGCGUGGCAUCUCUGGGUUAUGGCUGUACAUAUAUUCUUAUUACGGCUGCAUCCCCCUCUCGCGCACUCCUCGGGACCACAAACGGCCUGGCGCAAACCUCUUGCAGUUUGAUUCGGGCUCUGGGGCCUGCUGGCGCAGCUAGUUUGUUUGCAUACAGCUCAGGAGAAGGCGGUCGCAGCUCAGUUGAUCUCCCUCCGUAUAUGCGUGGUCGACUGAGUCCCAGAAUGGGUCAUAAGAAUAUUCAGUGUCAAGUCGCUGGGGCCUCUGUAGCCAACUCUACCUGCAGACAUCCUUCACUUGAGCAAGCCACCUGCGCCAGACCUACGGAACAUAAUUCCUUUAUAAACGUUUAUCAAGCUCUUCCAGAUACGGCUAUCGAGAUGAGUGACGAGCGGCAACCACUUUUGGAGCCUGCGCAUAACCUGGGCGAGGAUGCCGUUCAAGCAACAGAGGUCGCUUCAACUUCUACGGAACGACAGUCACAUGAUGAACACAAGCCACCAACGCCUUUGCCAAAGAAACAAAUAGCCAUAUUGCUUCUGAUGCAAUUAUCUGAGCCGAUUGCAUAUUCCGUUAUAUAUCCGUUUAUUGUACGACUCGUUAAUGAAACAGGAGUUACAGACGGAGACGAGAGCAAGGUUGGGUAUUAUGCGGGAAUGAUUGAAUCGAUAUUCUUCCUCACGGAGAGCCUGUUCACGCUCCAGUACGGCCGCGUUUCAGACCGUAUUGGCCGUCGUCCAGUGCUGAUGUUUGGACUUUUUGGACAAGCAGUCUCGAUAUUCUCGGUCGGUUUGUCAAAGCGGUACUGGCAACUAGUCUUUUCAAGAGCGAUAUCAGGUGCAUUAAAUGGAAACACAGGUGUUGCUAAGAGCAUGGUGGUAGAGUUGACGGACGAAACAAAUCAGGCCCAGGCCUUUGCUUUCAUUCCUAUUGUCUGGUCUGCAGGCUCAACUUUAGGUCCUUUCGUAGGAGGAACAUUAAGUCACCCCGCUAAGCUACUUCCCAGCAUGUUCGAUACGCCUUUCUGGCACAAAUACCCAUAUUUCCUCCCGUGCCUUGUCGCUGCGAUCUAUGCGGCCUGUGUUUGUUGUCGGUGCAUUAUUCCUGAAGGAGGCAAGUCGGCUCUACUCGGCUCUACGGAUAUUUACUAA